CUCGCUUCUCUCACCAGUCACCACCACUUGGCCUUCCUCGUCUCCGGCCUUCCUCCACCGCGAGCUCCGACCACCACCGACGGCGACGAUGCAGGCGGCGGCGGCGUGGAGGCGUCACCUCCUCGACGGCAACAUCUCCCCCACCACCGCGGCGGCGAUCUCCGCCUUCAGAUCCGCCUCCCAGCCGGCGCUCGCACCCCAAGGAUUGGGUGGAGCGGAUGGCGCGAGGUACAUGUCCGCGAGGGCGCCGGCGGUCAAGGGGACGGGGCAUCUCGUCCGCAAGGGAACCGGAGGGAGGUCGUCUGUGAGUGGAAUCAUAGCUACGGUGUUUGGAGCUACUGGAUUUCUUGGCCGCUACCUUGUCCAACAACUUGCAAAGAUGGGGUCUCAAGUGCUUGUACCAUUCAGAGGUUCUGAGGAUUGUCACCGACACCUGAAGUUGAUGGGUGACCUGGGUCAGAUUGUUCCUAUGAAAUACAAUCCAAGAGAUGUGGAUUCAAUUAAGGCUGUCAUGGCCAAAUCCAAUGUGGUCAUUAACCUAAUAGGACGCGAGUAUGAAACAAGAAACUAUGGAUUUGACGAAGUAAAUCAUCAUAUGGCUGAACAACUUGCAAUGAUUUCAAAGGAGCAUGGGGGUAUCAUGAGAUUUAUCCAGGUUUCUUCCCUAGGAGCAUCGGCCUCUUCUCCUUCUAGAAUGCUGAGGGCCAAGGCUGCUGGGGAGGAAUCUGUGUUGAAAGAAUUUCCUGAGGCUACAAUUAUGAGGCCUGCAACUAUGAUUGGCACAGAAGAUCGGAUUUUGAAUAGAUGGGCACAGUUUGCCAAAAAUUGGGGUUUCCUCCCUCUUGUUGAUUCUGGGUCUACAAAGAUUCAGCCUGUUUAUGUUGUGGAUGUUGCUGCUGCUAUUGUCAACUCCCUCAAGGAUGACGGCACCAGCAUGGGAAAGACCUACGAACUUGGUGGACCAGAGAUUUAUACUGUUCAUGAGCUGGCUGAGCUGAUGUAUGAGACAAUACGUGAAUGGCCACGGUACAUCGAUGUUCCUCUUCCUAUUGCAAGGGCUAUCGCAUCUCCAAGGGAAAUGCUGCUAAACAAAGUGCCCUUUCCGUUGCCAACCCCAUCAAUUUUCAACAAAGAUCAGAUUAAUGCAUUUUCUGUAGACACCCUAGUGUCUGAUAAUGCUCUCACCUUUUCGGACCUCGGAAUCGUGCCUCACAAAUUGAAGGGUUACCCGGUUGAGUUUCUUGUGUGCUACCGGAAGGGCGGUCCAGCUUUUGGUUCUACUGUCAGUGAGAAGAUACGAAGUUCUGAGCUGUAGUCUUCCACUCCUGAAGACACUGUAGAAUUAAUCUUUUAGUUGCAGAAACGUUGUUGUGUUUGUUUUCUUACUAUCUGCUGCUGCUGCUGCCAGCCGCCCAACAGCGAGCAGGACCAUAUUCGAUGCAUAUGUUGGUUCCUGCUCAUGUUUUUCACCAAUAAGACGCACAAAAUCUUUGUCAAUUUUUUGAGUUGCAAAUGCAAGUGAGGCGAAUCGUUGCAGUCCUACGACACAAUAACAAAGAUAUGUUUCUUUCUUUACCCUA